UAUUGACCCCCUGCCCAACUCGUGGUCUGAAUUUCACUUCAGGUUUCGGUGAGCGCGGUUCACGCUGAACGCUGGGCUCACAGCCCAGGCCCCGCUGCGGGAGCGCUGGCCCGACCGCGGGCAGCGCAGGAGAGAUGCUCCCAUGCCCGCCCCGCCGGGAUCCAGCUUCUGGAGCAGCCCGACUGCGGAAAUCGCUUUUUGUUCCUCUGCCCGCGGUCAGCUCUCGUUCCGCCGGUUGUCCAUGACCGAGCCGGCGCCGGGGCGCCUCCGUGCCGCGGGGCGGCGCUGCGGGCGGAGGCCGGCCCCGCUCGCUGCCGCCGCCGCCCGCCCGGGGCUGACGUGUCGCGGCGCCAUGGCGGCGGCCUGGGACGAGAUCCGGCAGCUGGCGGCCGAUUUCCAGCGGGCGCAGUUCGCCGAGGUGGCCCACAGAUUGUCAGAACGGAACUGUAUAGAAAUUGUCACGAAGCUGAUCGCAGAAAAGCAGCUGGAGGUAGUGCACACACUUGAUGGCAAGGAGUAUGUCACCCCAGCACAGAUUAGUAAGGAGAUCCGCGAUGAGCUGCAUGUUUGUGGUGGUCGAGUUAACAUUGUGGACUUACAACAGGUAAUCAAUGUGGACCUUCUGCACAUUGAAAACAGAGCUAAUGACAUUGUUAAAUCUGAGAAAGGUAUUCAGCUUGUACUGGGACAGCUUAUAAAUGAGAGUUAUCUGGAUCAGUUAGCAGAAGAAAUAAAUGAUAAACUACAGGAAACUGGCCAGGUGACAAUAUCAGAACUCUGCAAGGCAUACGACCUUCCAGGAGACUUCUUGAUACAGGCAUUAUCCAGACGUUUGGGCAGAAUUAUUCAUGGACAACUAGACCAGGAAAACCGUGGGGUGAUUUUUACAGAAGCCUUUGUGUCCCGCCAUCGAGCACGCAUUCGUGGGCUCUUCACUGCGAUAACUCGGCCUACACCUGUAAGUAACUUGAUCACUCGGUAUGGAUUUCAAGAACAUUUACUUUACUCUUUGCUAGAAGAACUUGUUAACGCAGGUCGUCUGAAGGGCACCGUGGUUGGUGGGAGACAGGAUAAGGCUGUGUUUGUUCCAGACAUCUAUUCCAGAACACAGAACAAAUGGGUGGAUUCCUUUUUCAAGCAGAAUGGUUACUUAGAAUUUGAUGCGUUGUAUAGACUUGGCAUCCCUGACCCAGCAGGCUACAUUAAAAAAAGAUACAAGUCUGCACAACUCUUAUUUCUGAGAGCAGCUUGUGUUGGUCAAGAAAUGGUGGAUCAAGUUGAAGCCUCUGUGGAGGAAGCCAUCAGCUCUGGAAACUGGAUAGAUGUAGCAACUCUUCUGCCCAGCUCAUUGUCAGUAGAAGAUGUUGGGAUUUUGCUCCAGCAAGUGAUGAGAUCUUUAAACAAAAGCUCUUCAGGUUUAAUCUUCAAUGACACCAUUGCAGUCAGUGAGAAAUUUCUAAGCAGCUGUGCUGACCUUUUUUCUGAUCUGAUGCAACAGAAAGCAGAAAAGGAAAUUAAAAACAACCCUGUUAAUUUAAUCACUGAAGAAGAUUUGAAACAGGCUUCUGGUUUAGAGAACUCAUAUGCUAAUAAAAAAGACAAAAAGGAUGAAAGAAGAAAGAAAGCAACAGAGGGCAGUGGAAGCGUGAGAGCAGGAGGUGGUGGGAAUGCCAGAGAGAUAAAGAUUAAGAAAACCAAGAAGAAAGGAAGAAAGGAUGCUGACAGUGAUGAAGAGUCACAAGGGACUGCCACAGGUAGGAAUAAGAAGGUGGAGUUCCCUUUCAUGUCACAAGAGGAAAUUGAGGAUGUUUUAAAGACCCGCAUGCAGGAUUGCCCUGAAGAGCUUAUUACAGAAAUUGCUGAACAUCUUAGCAGACCUUUGACAAAAACCUACCAGGAAGUUGUGCGUUCCGUUUUUACGUCUUCAGCAUCUUCCUCUGGAGCCAACAGAAGACAGGCUAUGAAGGACUUGCAAGAGGAAUUCUCAAACUUGUACAACAACAUUCGGCUAUUUGAAAAGGGAGUAAAGCAUUUCACAGAUGAUACUCAGGCUAACCUUGCCAAACACCUGUUGAAGACUCUGUGUACAGACAUUACAAAUCUGGUUUUCAACUUCUUGGCAUCUGAGUCAAUGAUGACAACAGAAAAUUACUCUACAAUCACAAGUGAGGGCAGAAUGAAGAUUUUAGGUAAACUGCCAGAAGAUACCAAAGCUCCUUUAACUAAACUGCAUACUUCUCUGAAUGGCAAGAGUAUAGAAGAUUUUCUUUCGUGCCUUGAUUCUGCAGUGGAUAUUUGUGGUAUUAUGGUGAAAAAAGGAGACAAAAAGAAGGAAAGGCAAGUCCUGUUUCAGCAUAGACAAGCUCUGAUUGAACAGCUCAAAGUCACAGAAGAUCCAGCUCUUGUUCUGCACCUGACAUCAGUAUUGUUAUUUCAGUUUUCAACUCACUGCAUGCUUCAUGCACCAGGAAGAUCAGUACCACAGAUCAUUAAUUUCCUAAGUGGCAAAAUUCCAGAGGACCAGCAUUCGCUGAUAGUCAAAUACCAAGGAUUAGUGGUGAAACAAUUGACCAGCCAGACUAAGAAAACUGAACAUGGAGACAGUGACACAAAAGAUAACAUGGAAGAGGAGGAAGGUGCAGAAAGCAUUCGAAAAGAGCUCCAGGAAAUCACUACCUCUAUCAAAGAUCUUGUUCUGAGACCUAGGAAAUUUUCUGUAACAGAGGAUUAAAACUCUCAUUCAGUGCAUCCACCUCCAUGCUAGAGUCAGACUUUAUUUUCUUUUAUGCUGAAAAAAGGGGACAACAGAAAAUGCUUGACAGACUGUAAAUUUGGCCUCAGAUAGUUUGCAAAUCACAGCCAGGGAGCACAGUUGCUGGGUGAUGGUGGCACAUGGAAUUUUGUUACUUCUACAGUGUACUUUUAACACACAUUAAUGUAGAUGUGGCAGAACACAGCAGUGGAUGCUUUGGGUACGAAACCAGUGGGUUUUAAUUGGUAUCUUCAUGUGACACCUCAAGAAAUUACUCUUCAAAUAACAGUGUAUUUUGUUCCAUACACACAAGCUGAUAGUUUUACUUCUCUGAUCUGGAUUUGUAGUGAAGUAAGGAUUGCAUAUAAAUGGCUAUAAGCAUGUCUAUCUUAAUUUCAAAUACUGGCUUUGAAACUUAGUACUUUGAAACUAGGUACUCUGAUACCUAAUAGUGCACCAGCGAAGGCCGUCUUUACUCUAGUAUCAUUAGUGGAUGUUUCCAGUUUCUCUUCACUGGACUGCAACAGUAAAAAGUACUUGUUUUGAGUACAAGUGGAUAUUGAUGAACUUAAGGGAAGUGAUUUCUCUACUAAUGUGAGUUUCAAACUGUACUGAAAGUUCAUGAAUAUCAGCACACUCAUACUACUGAUGUAUUCUGCUAAUGUCUGAAAUAGCUGUUUAUUUAAAACUUGUAAUUCAGGGGAGGUGACGCUCUUUUGCAAUGGCAUUUUGGGAGCAGAUAAAUCCUGUUACACUUAUCAUAUUGUACAUGCCAGUUGUUCAUUCAGCUGGCUUGUUGAGUGCUUAAUCCAGUUCCCAUUGCAGAUAGAAGCAUUUGCAUUCUGUCAGCUCUUGAGAGAACUUGUGGUGUUCUGUUUAUCCUGAGUUUCUUGAAAAUAAUUUAGUUCAUAAUCUUUUCUACAUAAAUACUGCUUCCCUCAAGUGUUUUGCCAGCCUUAUUUUACAUGAACAGUAGAUUAUGUCUUCAGAAAAGUGCAAAAAUGUGAAAAAAUGGAGUUCUAUCACUAUUAAUGACAUAAUUCUUCUAUGGCAAAUAUAAGAGAAGAUAAUUUUCAAACUGGAAAUAUUUAAGCUCUUUUACUUCAGUAAUACCCAUUGAUUUCAUGUAUGUAAUUUCAGGAUGUUUGCAUAACAUCAAGGUUGAGUAAUAAGAGAUGAACAGCGUUCUCUUCACUAAAAAUGUCAUUCACCAUCCUUGCCAAAAUUGAUACUCAAAUAGGGCAAAUUCUGUGCAAAUUCUGCUCCAUUCAAAUUUUUCUGUUUUCCAACAAUUCACAUAUGCUAUGAGCUUAAUCAUAAACAUAUCCAAGCCUGAAAUUGCAGCUGAAAGCUGAAGAGGCCAGGUAUGGAACCCCAGUAACAGAGUAGUAAACGUUAAGGUGAUUUUGGUGAUGUAAAUAAUUGAAUUUUACAUGUAUUUAAAAGGCAGUAGUGUUGAACAAUGUUCAUGCCAAUGCUGAUCUUUUAUCAGCCUUAAGAACAGUUUGGAAUUGUAAGGCAGAAGCAAAGGUAGUUGUUUCUCUUUCUUUGGCAGGAUGUUAUAACAGCGGACAGUAAAAGUCAGUGAGGAAUAAAAGAUGGAAAAUAUUCAGGCUGUUGAACUUUGUUUAAGAAAUGGUUUGUAUACAGGGAAUAGGUUUGAUUUCUUGUUAUUUAGCCAGAAUAAUUAAUAAGUUCCUACAAUGAAUGUAAACAAUUUUAUAUGACAUUGAGCUCUUUUGUAAAUAAUAUGCCAUAUGAAAUUCUGUAUGCAAAUAAGAAAUUAUUUUAAUAACAAUAAAUAAUGAAGUAUUUGAAGAGCA